AUCAGGGAGACAAGAUGAAGAGAAGGAAGUGAUGGAGGGGAAGGGGUGCAUUGAGUGCAGUGGCUGUAUUCUAAAAAGGAAGCAUGCAGUGGGGAGGGAGCUGGAAAGAAAACUGUUGGUAAAGAUGAUGCAGCAAAGAAGCUCUGGUAACUCUCAGCCCUCACUGCUGCUGAUCGCAAUGUUCGUUACUGGUGCACCGUUGCCUAUUACAAAAUCACAAGGUAUAUUAGAGCUGGUGUUUGUCUUCUGCUCCUUUCAGGCAAAGGAUAGAGCAUGUGUUCCCUAAAUGAAAGUUCUCAAGCUGCUGGUGUUAAAAAAAAGUUUUGACAAAUUUGUGAAUGAUGCUGGAUACUAAUUUUCUGGUCAUUCUGGCCAAGAGCACAACACUGAGCUACACGACCCUUGCAAUCCUAGCACCAGAGAGAAGGGGAAUUGGAGAAGGGGCUUGGAUUUGAAGUUUUGCAUCUCUGGUAGAUUAACUUCAGUACUUGGCCUGCAGCUUGCAGGCGAACAGCUGUCUAGCAUUCUGUGAGUGGGUUUCAUGCUUACUGCUUUAAAUACAGAGAUAACAUGAUCAUUUUGUUACAACGAGUGAGUCCUUUAAAACACGAGGCAUUAAACUACACUGCAGGAAACAUUAAAAAGAAUUACUGUAGGCAACCCUGCCAGCAACUCCUCUUCUUAAAGUUGCCCAGUAAUUCCUACCAUGUAACUGUGGUUUUGGUUGUUUAACUGUUUGAGCUGAACUUUCCCAUAUCUCAGCCUGUGUUUUUUUGAUGAGCAGUUGUUCUAAGUGGUUCAGUCUGUUCUGCUAACGAAGCUGAAACAAAAUGUAUUUCCCAUACUAAAAAAAAAAAAAAAAAAGAAUAAAUAAAUAAAUAAGUUCCAAAAAUUUUUCAAAGAUUGUAUUACCCUAAGGAUUGGAGCAGGGCCUUGAAUUUUGGUGAGGGGGUGGCCUGUGUUUGAGUGGAGUGCUUUGUUCUGCAAAACUGUUUCUAAACUUGGUGAGAUUAUAAUUUUCUGAGAAACUGGAGGUAGCAGCUAGUUGAAGCAGUGACUCUAGAGAUGGUCAGUGUCAGCUGGAGGUCCAUCUAGCAUGGUGAGAGAUCAGAGAAGGGAACUGGAUGCACCUUUGCAAACAAACAGAGGCAUGUCAUCUCGCAUUGGCUAGAUCAGAGAAGUAGAUAAUGAAAUGUUAAUAAGUCUGUGUCUCAGGUUCCCACCUGCAAAAUGAGAGUGAAAGCACCAUAGAAAAGCUUGUGAGGAAUUUGUUAAGAUUAAAUAAUAAUCUAUAAACCAAGGUAUGAGCACUGAAAAGCAAACAGCAUGAGGGGCCGCUAAUGAAAGUGCUAAAUAUUCCAGAUGUGCUGCAUACCAUCUAUUCUGUACAGGGAGGCUUAGGAUGUGGACAGACUGCUUGUGAUCCUAUAAUAAAGGCUUUUCAUAACAAGAAAUGUGCAAAGAUACCUGUAGACUUGGAUCUUGGCUGGGCUGCAGGUGACUUUGACCUUGACAAGACGCAGCUCUGCUUUGAUAGAAAAAUGUGAACAACUGAAAGAAACUAUCUUGAAAAAAGGGAAAUAAGAAAGCAGAAAAAGAGGGUGUCAGUGACUCAAUCAGUGUGCAUGGACAAAAGAAAGUAGCAAAUAAGUAUAUUAGCUUGGGCACGUGAACAAGACACUAGAGCCAAUAGAAAAGCUGUAACCAGCUCAUGCAUGAUAAGAAAACAUAUAAAUUAGCUGAAAGGAUAGCAAGGGGGCGUCUGCCUGAGUAAAGAAAAAAAAAGAACUCUCUGACUCGUUAUUCUGGCCGCUACAACUGAUGACCCCGACAUGAUUUUGGACAAAAUGAGGACCACGGAUGCUGAGCGGUGGUAGCGGAGCCCAGCUGAACUCUACGGUUGGUGGAGAUUGAGCCAAAUAGUCCGGACAGCAAGUGGAGGCACCUGAAGAGGUGGAAAGCUGGUUUCACCAAAAUGGAAAAAUUUUAAAGGCUUGAAACUCCAGUGGAGAGAUAAAAUCCGUCUCAAUAACGCCAUCUGGAGGGCAUGGUACAUGCAGUACCUGGAGAAGUGCAAGAAUCCAGUGUGCCACUUUGUGACUCCACUGGAUGGCUCUGUUGAUGUUGAUGAACAUCGUCGGCCAGAGGCCAUUGCAACAGAAGGAAAUUACUGGAAACGAAGAAUUGAAAUAGUCAUCAGGGAAUACCACAAAUGGAGAACAUACUUCAAGAAAAGGUUGCAGAAACAUAAAGAUGAGGAUCUUUCAAGUUUGGUCAGGGAUGAUGAUAUGGUUCUCUGGCAAAAAAGAAGGUAUGGCAGAGAAACCCCUGUCCCUAUGGAGGAAGGCAGCCUCUUGGAUGCAGAUAUGCUUAUGUCCGAGUUCACCGACACGCUGUUCUCUACACUGUCUUCACAUCAGCUCGUUUCCUGGCCAAAUUCCAGGGACAUAGCACACUUAGGAAAUGCUGACAUGAUUCAACCAGGGCUUAUUCCUCUCCAGCCAAAUUUUGAUUUUAUGGAUACGUUUGAGCCUUUUCAGGAUUUAUUCACACCUAGUCGUUCCAGUACUUAUUUCCCUUCUGUGUCUGCAGUCAGCUCAGCUACAACAGACAGCAGCAGCCAUUCUUCCCAGUCUCCUGUCCUGCCAUCGGGUUCAUUGCCUGACACACUUCCAUCAGGGAACAUCAGUGAUGGACUGAUUGCUUCCUCAGUACCCGCUCCUGUCAUUCCUGAUGUUGGCACUGACCAGUGUUCCAGCAUUAGAAGUGGGGGAUCUUUCAUCCAGCCAGCGGACUUCACUCCUGACUCGUCUCUCAGUGGGCCACAAACUUUUAUGCCAGUGUUUCAGACACCCUUGCCACUGCUUCAACCUGCAGCACAACAGCACCAGUCCCCGUUGCCUGCAGUGCCUCUGAAUUCUAGCUUAAGCUCUCCACCAGCUGCAUUUGCUGCACCAGAAACCCAGAAGUUUGGCCUCUGUGAAUCUACAGUUAUCACCCACACAGCGUCUGCUACAUUGACGCACAAUGCCCCUGCCACCACCUUCAGCCAGAGCCAGAACCUUGUCCUGGCAACGCAGCAGCCAGGUGCUGGAGUGCCUUGUAACAUGGCUUUCCAGACUACUGUCCUGCAGGGGCAGCCCCGGCCCCAGCUGCAGUCCCAACUGACAUUUGCACUCCUCAAAGCUGUUCCUCUGACCAGUACUGAGACAAGGCCCAAACAGUCACAAAAAAUAGUGCCUGCUCCGAAGCCUGAACCAGUGUCCUUAUUGUUAAAGAAUGCCUUCGUCACCCCAGUUGCCUUUCAGGGACAGUCCAGAGCUGUGAUUGUAACUCCAGCACCUUUAAAAAGAGAGGAGAUUUUGACGCCAGCCACGUCUCAGUCUAAUGUUGCAAUUGCACCAGCUGGAAUUGUCAGAGCUCCCGGGGUGACGGAGUUCCGUAGUAACAUUCUGGUUGGUCCAGCACAGCGAGCACCAAGUAGUCAACAAACCCAGUCCACAGUCUCACAUCUCUUCUCUCCUAGUGUAGUCCAGGAUGUGUUGGUGAAAGGAGAGCAAAUCUCUUCCCACAGUAGCAGUUCACAAGUCCCCUCACCUACACCUAGCCGAGACUGUCAGAAUUCAGGCCAAGCUUCCCCCUGCACCUCUGAGCAGAGCCCCAGUCCACAGUCUCCCCAGAACAGCUGCUCAGGAAAACCUGCCACUGACCCUAAUAUGGCUGCACUUAAGAAUCGAAGAAUGAAGCAUAUUUCAGAACAAAAACGAAGGUUUAAUAUCAAGAUUGGUUUCAGUACUCUGAGCAGCUUGAUUUCAGCCAACUCCAAGUCGAUCAGCCAUGCAAUCACGCUCCAGAAAACAGUAGAAUAUAUCGCUAAACUACAGCAGGAAAGAACACAGAUGCAAGAGGAAACCAGGCGCCUUCGGGAAGAAAUCGAGGAGCUAAACGCUGCCAUCAUUUCUUGUCAACAGCAGCUCCCUGCUACCGGGGUUCCCAUAACACGACAAGGAUUUGACCACAUGAGGAGGAUGUUUGAUGAAUAUGUGCGAAGUAGGACCCUGCAGAACUGGAAGUUUUGGAUUUUCAGCAUUAUUAUUAAGCCAUUGUUUGAGUCCUUCAAUGGGAUGGUUUCCACAACAAGCUUUAAGGAUCUGAAUCAAACUGCAAUGGCCUGGUUGGAUCAGCACUGUUCUCUUCCUGUUCUGAGGCCAAUGGUGCUGAACACCCUUCGACAUCUAAGUACAACCACCUCAAUUCUGUCAGAUCCGUCGUGCCUGCCAGAGCAAGCCGCUGAGGCAGUUAUCAAGAUGAACAAAACAGCUGGCAAAACCUAACAACCAAAGACAAUGAGUUGCUUAUACAAGGGGUGGAGAACCUGCCAGUCUAGCAGCCUGGCGAGUCUCCUUUCAGUUGGUGCACUUUAGAAAGAAUUCUCGCCAUCACCUGAGAUGUUGUUCAGGGCAUCUGGCUCUGCCUUCAGAAUAUGUGGAAGUAUGAUGCAACAUUGUCAUAAUGUUUUGAUUCCUCUUCAGUGCUGUGCUGUACUCCGUUAAGUGAGAAAACACCAAGCUCAGGUAAAUUUAGCAGGUUUGAGUCCUGCAGGCAGCAAUAUAUCUCCAUCAAUGCAGCAUGCAUCUAUAUGCAACAAAGAUAUUUCUAUGAAUCAGCUUCAAGUACUAAGUUCUCUGAAGUGUAAAUCUUGUACACCAAGGAAUGUUCUCUUCAAGGGGAAAAAUACUUUUGAUUUUGUGAAACAAAAUGUGCAUUUUAUUUUGUUCUCUGGUAUUCAGUUCCAUUUGUUUUACUUGAAUAGUAAAAAUUUUUAAACAGGAUCAUAUUAAAAACCAAAGGAGAAGAAAAAUCCGUCAAUGACGUUAACUCGUGGCAAAAAUACUAGAAUUAAAAUCUCAGGCUGUGUUUUGUGUAUUUUUAUUUUAAUGAGUGUUAUCAUUGCAUAUGAUCAGUUUCAAGACAUGCUUUAUUUUCUAGCAAAUAAAGUAGCUGAUUUUUAGUACUUUUCCUGAUAUAGCCAUUGCAAGUGAGUAAAAGGAUGUGCAGAAAGUGAAAGAAAGCAGUUUUAGAUUGCACAGAUUCUGCAAUUGGGAUAGAUACAUGAAUUUCAUACCCAUUUAAUCUCUGAAAUGUUUUCCUGCACUGUGGAGUUCAGCUGCCUUCCUCAUAAAAUGUGCACAUAUAAAACACAUCCAUAGAUAAAUGUAGUAGUGCUUCAGAGACAAUAAUUGAGUUUGUAAUGUUAAGAAAUUGGCUUUUUUUGUUAACUCAGUAACCAUCAAACCACGUGGACUUGUAGUCAGUUCUUUGCUUCUUCAUCUUUUUUGCUUUCUUUUUGCCUUCUAUCGGAAAAACCUGAAGGACUUAGCUAAUUUUGGUCUGUAUGGGAAGGCUAUGUUCAGCAUGAAUUAUAAAACAUAUAAAAAUAUGUUUAAAACCCCAAAUACUGCGUAACAUUUUCCUGUGACAGUCUCAGCAAGUACUGUGCUCUGCUGCAGAUAAACUUAGUCUCAUUACAGCAGUGAUUGUUCAUCCUGAGGCAGCACUGGGAUAUUCAUUCCGGCUGAUUGUAAUCUGGAAUGAUCCUAUGACCGUUGUAAUUCCACUCAUUACUUGAUUCUGAUUCUUAAGAGCUAUGCAAACUGUGGGUAAUAUUUGCCUGGUACCUCUCCUGUGUAGAUAAUUUCCAGUUUCAAAAGCAGGCUGCCUGGAGGUGAUUAGGAGGCUAUCACAGUGCUAAAAAGAGGAGCAGCUAAAACAUUUGGGCAUUGCACAUGCUGAAAUGGGAUCAGUACCUUCUCCUCCAUGGGAUGUAGUUUUUCCCCAGUUGUCACCAGUCUUCUCCACUUGGUGAGCCAAAGAAGAAACACUAGGCUUGGGGAGUGGGACUAAGCACAAGGAUUUUUCUUUCUUCUUUGUCCUGAGAUUUUGCAGCUAAUGGUUUUCAUUGCAGAGUUUGCUUAUAUGUGAGCAGGACUGUAGCAAGAAGAAAGCAUGAAAAGUUAAACCCCGGGCCCUCUCCCCAAGCAGAGGUACUGUGAGUUGAGGAAUUGGGGGCUGAAGGGGACUGCUGCGGGGAAAAGGAACCUAAGAGGAAGACAAACUGGCAUGAUCUAAGUACCAACAUGCCUUUCUGUAGCUGUGCAGACAAAUGAGGAGAUGCUCUUUUUUUUCGUUUGUUUGCUUUUUUUGUUUUUUAACAGUAGAUCUGACGUAUCAUUUGAGGUUUCUGGCACGUUUGAAAACCUGUGUCCCUCUGAGAGAACCAACAAAAAUCCAGGUCUCAGCUAAGGAAUGGUUUGUUGAAAUAGUGUGUAAAGGUUGUCAUAGUAAUUAAAUAGCAAGUAGAUUUUCGGGGGGGAUCUGUAUCUAGGUCUGUCGUACAUAAUAAUGUAAUAGAUUAAGCAAUAUUCUUUGGGAUGCAUCUGGAUAAAGUGUUGAAUAAGUGUAAUUUUUUUUUUUUAAAUCCUCCCAUUUUUAUCACUGAUUGUGAACUUGAUUCCAGUAACGUCAUUUAACACUGUGAUUAGCUGGGGAGCGUCCCUCAAGUUCUUUCUUUACAGGGUUAUCUCAUUGAGAUGCAUAGAUAACUACAUGCGUAUUUGCAUGUUAAAAAUAUGUAUCCGGUUUUAUAGAAAGAAAUCAGUUGUCAAAUUAUCCAAGAACAGACCCACUUGUGUUUUUGCUGUACUUUUCAGAUGAACAGAUUCUGCAAUGCCUCCCCUGCAGUGUGGUCUUCUGCUUGUCAGGCAGUGAUUGUGUUUGAUUUUUACCAUUACCAGUAUCAAUGACAUUAAAGUUUUGUCUCAACAAGCAGCGUGCACUAUAAGCAUCCUUCAAAGCCCAGGGAAGUCUGAUGUCUUCUAAGCUUAAAUCCUAACAUCUCAGAUCUCACUGUGUGGAUUGGAAACUGAAAAGGACCAUAAAGGAAUAGGAAGGGGUAGUGUGACUGAACUGCUAAAAGUUUUGUCCAUUAGCGGUUUUUAUCAGGAUGUGUAUGGAAGAAACAUCAUGCUCAUUGCACCACGAUCUGGUUAUAGUGGGAGGGAAAUUGCUUAUUUUAAUAACCUGCGGUGGAUAAACAAGCUCAUGGCUCUAAUAGAAGACUACAAAUCUUAACAUAGUAAAGAGAAAAAAAUUAAAUUAAAGAUUGCUUACUUAGGCAAGAGUGUAGGAGGGAGGGAAGGAAAAGUGAAAAGAUACUUUCCACGUAGUGCAAUUACCAGAAAUGAUGUGGCUGCUCUUUGAAGCAGUGAUUCAGUGUAUUUUUGUCACCCUAUUAUUGCAAAUCAGAAUUCUUUUCUUUUAUCAGUCAACCUUGUGAGUGGUGUGAUUUCACUUCAUUUGGAAACACAAGAGGAAAAAGCAGUAUUAUGUCUCAUGUCUGCACAGUAGAAGUACUGAGGAUUGGUGUGAAAAGAGAUUGACCACGUAUGUAUUAAUUCCUGCAUAGUUUUUCACUUUAGUUUAUAUUUUAACUCCUUUGUCUUGCCCAUUGAGGAGUCUAAAUAAUAUAUUUGUUUCAAAAAGAAGUUUGAUAACACUUUCUCUCCUAAUUUAAGCAGUUUAAUUUCCUCAGUGUCACCAAAGUAUACUUAAGCAAACAAAACACAUGGUGCCUAUACUCUGCACAGAAUUACAGAUGAUGCACAUCUGUCUUCAGUAAAUUGGUGCUAAACUUUUAAAGAAUCACCAUAUAAUUGAAUACAAGUCAUAUUCAGUCAUAUCCAACAUAUUUCAGUCAAUAAGGCAGUGGCUAGAUUAAAUAUAAGUCAAACUGAGAUUGUCUAGUGGCUCCUUCUGACCUUGAAUUCUAUUUUUCAGUACAUUGUAGAUGUGGCCCCUCUACCAAACACAGGUUCCGGAGAACUUGUGCAUUAUUUGGUGUAGUUGUAGUUAUUAGGCUUGUAUGAUGCUUCCUGUUAGCAGGAGGAAUAAGUGAUGGAAGUCCAGGAGCAAACUAGAAUUGAAGGAAUCAGUGAGUAGUGGGAACAGAGACAAGUGCAUGUUUCAGCUUGACAGUCUGAUCUUUGCAAAAAACCAAAGGUUUCUUCAUGGAUACCAUUUGACCUGACUGGCAUGUUCUUCCAUGAUUUUCUAGACUCCUCGGGAAGCCUUCCUUGAAGGGAGACUUAAUAGAAUGUUUCCAUCUGUGCCUUAGAUCGUGACGUCCUGUAUGCGUUUGAUUUAUCUCAAGUCAUACAUUCUUCCCCUAAUACAGUGCUAUGUGGAAAAUUUAAUGAAUUGACAAAGUGGGGCUUCCCUGGGUUUUAAGAGGUUUUUAUCUGUGUGGCAUUACUGUGUCCCUUUGAAACUGAGGUGAUGAAAAAUUGUGUGUAUCUAUGGAAAAAAUUGCAUCUUUCCUGCUGACUUCACCAUCCUCCACUCCCAUGUGCACAAGCACGUACUCACACAUGUACAUACUAUUGUACCAGAACUUUGACAGAAACCCAGUAAAUAUGCAGAUGCUUAAAUCUCUAAAUCUGGAAUGGCUUGAAAGACAAAGGGCUGUCAAAUUGCAUUGAAAAAUAGCAUCUUCAGGUUCUUUUACAUUCCCUUGAGAGAGAGAGAGAGAGAGAGUGUGUGUGUGUAUGCAUGUGUGUGUUGUAGAGGUGACAGGGGCAGGUAAAUUUUGAUUUGUUUGCUUUUAAAGCCCCAAACUCCUGAAGAGCAGUUUGAGAGCAGGAGAGGGAAGCUCACUGCAAAAACAUUCAGUAAGAUAAUGCUUUUGUAGCAUAAUUUGAAAGCUAUUUUACUUUCUGUGUUUCUGGAGUGGAUAAUUCUUGUCUUGAUGUUGCCAACUAGAAGAUACUGCUGAAAAUAGAGUGGGUUCUUAACUAUUUGACGAUUUACUUACUUUCUUUCUUUUUUGGUUCCUUUCCACCUUUGUUGCAUGGAAAAACACCCAAAAUCAAAAGGCUGAUGAUACCUGGUUUAGGUGCUUUAGGGAUUCAGUCAUACCAAUCUCAGAGGACUAUGGACAACUGUUGAUGACUUCUGGGAGGUUUUUUAAGUGAGACAAUGGGAGUUUUCCUAUUACUUCUCCUCAAUUUAUACACUUGAGUUUCAGAAGAGAUAAUUUGGUUUGGGUUUUUUUCUCUUGUAGGGCCCCAGUAUUGUUCCCACAACAUCGGUUAAGGCCUCAAGUUUCCUUUUGUUUCAUUCUUGGUUGGAUUUCAUGCCCAUUUACUGUGUUGGAGCAGAAGUGGUAGUACCAAAUUGUAGCUUGAUCCGCAAAACUUGAUUCAGUUACAAAGAAAUACAUCUUAGGUUUAUAAUAGAAUUACUUUCUAGCCAUUGUCUGAACUGCUUUUAUAUCUGAACUUUUCCACACGAAUAAGGUUUUGAAUCAAAAUAUAUCAAUGUUAGGAGCAAGCCUUUUAAUUAACAAUACCAUUAAUAAAUUGCUCUUUUUCUUCUUCUAACCUUGUAUUUAAAUGUGUUUUAAGUGAAUGGAGUUCAUUCUUGUUAAAAAAAAAAAAGUCAAAAAAAAAAGCUUGGAGGUAUGAGGACUUCAGAUCGUGCUCUUGUUUUGCCUAGGUUUCCUGUUCUGUUGCAUGACACAACUUCUGUUGUGCUGUUGAUAUGUAGCACUUUUCAGUAGGUCUGUUAAAUUGUGCAAUGCAUUUUUUUAUAUUUACAACCAAAACAAUAAAGGUUAUUUUUUGGAAGAAA